AAAUGUCAAACGCAUACUAUUUAUUGAUUGAUUUCUUUACGUUCUUCGUUAGUGUACUUUGGCAAAUACUUUUGUUUACAAAAUUACAAAAAUAAUGGCGACAAGCAGUGGUAAAAGUUGCAACAGCGGUAGUGGUGGUGUACUAGAAGAACGACGUAUAUGGAUUGGCAAUUUAGAUCCAAGGCUAAGCGAGUAUCAACUCUUGAAAAUUUUGCAAAAAUGCGGUCCUGUCGAAAAGUUUGAUAUGCUCUUUCACAAGAGCGGCCCAUUGGUUGGGCAAUCGCGUGGAUAUGCUUUCGUCACAUUCGGAACGGCGGACGCGGCGUUAAAAGCUCUGGAGAAAUUAAAUGGCACACCCAUAGCGAAUCGGCCAAUUGUGAUACGGCUGGCGAAGAAUGUUAAUUACGACGAACUCAACAAACAAAAACCACGCAUCGAAAUACCUGCACUUGGUUCCAGCUCACGCGAUGAACAAAUGAGUAGAGAAGAUGCGAUACGAGCAAUAGAGUCGAAAUUACGUGCGCUGGAACGCAACGGUGAGGAAGAGUUGGAGUUGAAUCUUUUGAACUCGGCUAGCACACAAGUACCGUUUAUACAACGUUAUCAAUUCAACAAAGACCGUGAUGUAAGCAGUAGUACCUCAGGCGGGCGCACAUACACAAAGCCAUAUAAUUCUGCGCCAUAUAACCGACAUCAGCGGCCAAAACGAAGAUAGAAACUGGAAACGACGGGAGGUAUCGACAAAUUCUGUUUAGUGUUUAUUCUGUAUCGUGGAACAAUGUAUCUGGACUUUCAUCAAUUUCAUCAAGUAUUUAUAAUUGUAUUCAUAUGCGCGCUAUCCAUCCGUAUACUUAUCAAAUAUUGUGUUCAGAGACUUAAGCCAAAUAAAGUGAUUUAUUUGUAAACAUUGUAACUUGA